AUGUGUCACACCAGCUGCUCCUCAGGCUGCCAGCCAGCCUGCUGUGUGUCCAGCCCCUGCCAGGCAUCCUGCUGUGUGUCCAGCCCCUGCCAGGCAUCCUGCUGUGUGUCCAGCCCCUGCCAGGCAUCCUGCUGUGUCCCCUGCCAGGCAUCCUGCUGCAGGCCUGCUAUAUGCAUUCCUGUGAGAUGCCAGGUGGCCUGCUGUGUGCCUGUGAGCUGCAGGCCCACUGUGUGCAUGGCUCCCUCCUGCCAGUCCUCUGUGUGUGUGCCUGUGAGCUGCAGGCCCACUGUGUGCAUGGCUCCCUCCUGCCAGUCCUCUGUGUGUGUGCCUGUGAGCUGCCGGCCUGUCUGUGUGAGCUCCUCCUGCCAGUCCUCCGGGUGCUGCCAGCCCUCCUGCCCGACCCUGGUCUGCAGACCUGUCACCUGUAGCACCCCCUCCUGCUGCUGA